UGUCUCUUCAAAGAGAACCCACCUUCAAAACUCUCUCCCUCUCUCUCUUCUUGAGCUUUCUUGUUUGUUUUCCGGGAAGCUGGCGGUUGGUUGGAUUUGGCGCUCUGACUCCAGCCCCGAAAAAUCUCUGCACGUGACGAUCAGAUUCUCGUUCGCAAAUUUGUAAAAAAGAAAAAAUAGUCUAUGUUUUAGUUUCUUCGUUGCUUUCCCCUUUAAUUUCUCCGAAUCAGUCAGAUUUUCCUUCAGUUUUCUCGGAUAUCAUCACAGAGCUAAAAGGAAAAAACAGGCCUUGGAUUCCGUUGGGGACGAAGUUGAACGGUUUAGAUCUGUGAAUUGUCUCGAGAAAGUAGUAGUGAUAAUUUCCAAGUUCUAUAUGUUUCGCCCCGGAUUUAUGGGUUUAUCUGGAUCAGGCUCCUCUUUUUUCGAAAUUUGAGUAUCGUUCGUGAUUGAAAUUCUAAUACUAGAUCUGAGUUUGAGACCUAAAAGAACUCAAGUUUAUAGAAUAAAUUAUUUAAUUUUACUCCCUACUAUAUAUUCGGGAACCCAACCGUCAUUGAAAUCUCGGUAGUUUUCGAAAAUGUUCACGUGCUCGGGCUCGUAUCUCCAUCUCCGAACAAGCCCUUCCUGUGCUCUGCCUUCACUUAACAAGCCUUCCAACCAACAACCGAAACUCAAUGCGGCUCCGAGAGCUCCUAUUAGCCGGUUUAAAACACGUUGCUCGACGGCGAAGAAGUCAGUGAAUGUAAUAGACAAGAGAUUCUUGGGCGCCCGAUUGCGGGCGCCCAGAUCGGAAAAGGUUCAACUUUGGCGGUCUGACGGGCCGGGGAGGUCACCUAAGCUGAGGGUCGUCGUCCGCUCGGCGCUUUCCGCGGUUCCGGAGAAGCCGCUAGGACUCUAUGACCCGUCGUUCGAUAAGGACUCGUGUGGGGUUGGGUUCGUCGCGGAGUUAUCCGGCGAAAGUAGCCGUAAAACGGUUACGGAUGCUGUGGAGAUGUUGAUACGUAUGUCACACAGAGGUGCUUGUGGCUGCGAAACUAACACUGGUGAUGGAGCCGGAAUUCUUGUCGGUCUUCCGCACGAGUUCUACAAUGAGGUUGCUAAGGAUCAUGGGUUUGAGCUUCCACCAUCAGGGGAAUAUGCUGUUGGCAUGUUCUUUUUGCCCAAAUCUGAGAGUCGGAGGGAAGAAAGCAAAAAUGUAUUUACAAAGGUUGCGGAGUCCCUUGGGCAUACUAUUCUUGGGUGGCGACCUGUGCCAACAGAUAACACAGGAUUGGGCAAUUCUGCAUUGCAGACGGAACCGGUGGUUGAGCAAGUGUUCCUUACCCCUACUCCUCGGUCACAAGUUGAUUUAGAGCAGCAGAUGUACAUACUAAGGCGGGUUUCAAUGAUUUCUAUCCGAGCUGCAUUAAACCUUGAACAUGGUGGUGCUAAGGACUUCUAUAUUUGUUCUCUCUCCUCAAGGACUGUUGUUUACAAAGGUCAGUUAAAGCCCGAUCAGUUGAAGGAUUAUUAUUAUGCAGAUAUUGGCAAUGAAAGGUUUACGAGCUACAUGGCCCUGAUACACUCUCGAUUUUCAACAAAUACAUUUCCCAGCUGGGAUCGUGCUCAACCCAUGCGUAUCUUGGGCCACAAUGGAGAAAUCAAUACACUUAGAGGCAAUGUAAACUGGAUGAAGGCACGUGAGGGUCUGUUAAAGUGCAAGGAACUUGGUCUUUCAGAGAAUGAGUUAAAGAAGCUUCUACCUAUUGUGGAUGCCAGUUCAUCUGAUUCAGGAGCUUUUGACGGUGCCCUUGAGCUUCUGGUUCGAGCUGGUAGAAGUCUUCCUGAAGCAAUCAUGAUGAUGAUUCCUGAGGCUUGGCAAAAUGAUAAUAAUAUGGAUCCUCAUCGAAAGGCACUGUAUGAAUACUUCUCUGCUCUGAUGGAGCCAUGGGAUGGGCCAGCUCUUAUAUCAUUUACUGAUGGCCGCUAUCUUGGAGCAACAUUGGAUCGCAAUGGGCUGCGACCAGGUCGUUUCUAUGUCACCCAUAGUGGACGAGUUAUAAUGGCCAGUGAAGUUGGUGUAGUAGACAUUCCACCUGAAGAUGUGCUUAGGAAGGGAAGACUAAACCCAGGCAUGAUGCUUUUGGUGGAUUUUCAAAAUCAUAUUGUUGUCGACGAUGAAGCCUUGAAGCAGCAAUACUCAAUGGCAAGGCCUUAUAGCGAGUGGCUAAAAAGGCAAAAAAUUGAACUCAAGGACAUAGUCGACUCUGUUCAUGAAUCUGAAAAGGUCCCUCCUCCAGUUGCCAGAGUGAUUCCAGCAUCUAGCAAUGAUGGUAGCAUGGAAAACAUGGGAAUUCAUGGUAUAUUGGCUCCAUUAAAAGCUUUUGGUUACACUGUUGAAGCCUUGGAAAUGUUGUUGCUUCCCAUGGCAAAAGAUGGUGUAGAGGCCCUUGGUUCAAUGGGAAACGAUACUCCCUUGGCUGUAAUGUCUAACCGAGAAAAGCUCACCUUUGAGUACUUCAAGCAAAUGUUUGCCCAAGUUACAAACCCUCCAAUUGAUCCUAUUCGGGAGAAGAUAGUCACCUCAAUGGAAUGCAUGAUUGGUCCAGAAGGUGACCUGACGGAAACCACUGAAGAACAAUGUCAUCGUCUUUCGCUAAAAGGUCCUCUUUUAUCCAUUGAAGAAACAGAGGCAAUUAAAAAGAUGAAUUACAGAGGUUGGCGUAGCAAAGUUCUGGACAUUACUUAUUCUAAGGACCGAGGUAGGAAGGGAUUGGAGGAGACCUUGGACAGGAUCUGUAAUGAAGCACAUGAUGCAAUUAAGGAGGGUUAUACCUUGCUCGUGCUUUCUGAUAGAGCUUUCUCACCUAAUCGUGUUGCGGUAAGCUCCCUCUUGGCCGUUGGUGCUGUCCAUCAACAUCUUGUUAAAAAGCUCGAGCGCACUCAAGCUGGGUUAAUAGUUGAAACUGCUGAGCCACGUGAGGUGCACCACUUCUGUACGCUUGUUGGGUUUGGUGCAGAUGCUAUAUGCCCAUACUUGGCCAUAGAAGCCAUUUGGAGAUUACAAGUUGAUGGAAAGAUCCCACCCAAAUCCAGCGGUAACUUUCAUUCAAAGGAAGAGCUGGUCAGGAAGUACUUCAAAGCUAGCAACUAUGGAAUGAUGAAGGUUCUUGCUAAGAUGGGGAUAUCAACUUUGGCCUCUUACAAGGGUGCGCAGAUAUUUGAAGCUCUGGGUCUUUCAUCAGAAGUGAUUGAGAGGUGCUUUGCAGGAACUCCAAGUAGAGUUGAGGGUGCAACAUUUGAGAUGCUUGCUUUUGAUAAACUUCAUCUGCAUGAGUUGGCAUUUCCCUCUCGUGGUUUCCCUCCCAAUAGUGCAGAAGCUGUAGCAUUGCCUAAUCCAGGUGAUUAUCAUUGGAGAAAAGGUGGUGAGAUUCACCUUAACGAUCCCCUUGCUAUAGCGAAGCUGCAAGAGGCUGCCCGAACUAACAGUGUUGCCGCCUACAAAGAGUACGCCAAGCUUGUUCAUAAAUUGAAUAAAUCCUGCAAUUUGCGGGGACUCUUGAAAUUCAAAGCAGCAAAGGUGGAAGUUCCUUUGCAUGAAGUGGAACCUGCCAGUGAGAUUGUCAAACGGUUCUGUACUGGGGCCAUGAGUUAUGGAUCUAUCUCAUUGGAGGCACACACAACCCUUGCUAUCGCUAUGAAUAGAAUGGGAGGAAAGUCGAAUACAGGCGAGGGAGGCGAGCAACCAUCUCGCAUGGAACCACUUCCAGAUGGUUCAAUGAACCCAAAAAGGAGUGCAAUUAAGCAGGUUGCAAGUGGGAGAUUUGGAGUUUCGAGUUAUUACCUUACUAACGCUGAUGAAUUACAGAUAAAAAUGGCUCAGGGGGCAAAGCCUGGUGAAGGGGGUGAACUUCCUGGCCACAAGGUUGUAGGCGAAAUUGCGCUUACCCGGAAUUCUACUGCUGGGGUGGGACUUAUUAGUCCACCACCCCAUCACGAUAUAUAUUCCAUCGAAGACCUUGCCCAGUUAAUUCAUGAUCUUAAGAACUCCAACCCAACGGCUCGAAUUAGUGUGAAGCUGGUAUCUGAAGCUGGAGUGGGAGUAGUCGCUAGUGGAGUAGUGAAGGGGCAUGCCGACCAUGUCUUGAUCUCAGGUCAUGAUGGAGGUACAGGGGCCUCUAGAUGGACGGGAAUAAAAAAUGCUGGGCUCCCAUGGGAACUUGGUUUGGCUGAGACUCACCAGACUUUGGUUGCUAAUGAUCUGCGCGGCCGAACAGUUCUCCAGACAGAUGGCCAACUGAAAACUGGAAGAGAUGUGGCCAUAGCCACCCUUCUUGGUGCAGAAGAAUUUGGCUUCAGUACCGCACCUCUCAUAACACUUGGUUGCAUCAUGAUGCGGAAGUGCCACAAAAAUACCUGUCCAGUUGGCAUUGCUACUCAGGAUCCAGUACUCAGAGACAAGUUUGCUGGAGAACCGGAACAUGUUAUUAACUUUUUCUUCAUGGUAGCAGAGGAGAUGAGGGAAAUAAUGUCACAGCUAGGAUUUCGAACAGUAACUGAGAUGGUUGGCCGUUCAGAUAUGCUUGAAGUGGAUAAAGAAGUGACUAAGAACAAUGAGAAGCUGGAGAAUAUUGAUCUGUCCCUAUUACUUAGACCUGCUGCUGAACUUCGGCCUGAAGCAGCACAGUACUGUGUCCAGAAACAGGAUCAUGGCUUGGACAUGGCUUUGGACCAAAAACUUAUUCCACUGUGUGAAGCUGCAUUAGAAAAGAGUCUUCCUGUUUACAUUGAAAAACCAAUCUGCAAUGUGAAUCGUGCUGUUGGAACAAUGCUUAGCCAUGAAGUGACUAAACGCUAUCAAGCGGCAGGGCUUCCUGCAGAUACCAUCCAUAUCAAAUUCAAUGGGAGUGCGGGUCAGAGCCUUGGAGCAUUCCUCUGCCCUGGAAUCACACUUGAGCUUGAAGGUGACAGCAAUGACUAUGUUGGCAAAGGAUUAUCUGGUGGGAAGAUUGUAGUUUAUCCUCCGAAGGAAAGCAAUUUUGAUCCAAAAGAAAACAUUGUAAUUGGUAACGUGGCUCUCUACGGGGCUACAAGUGGGGAGGCAUAUUUCAAUGGAAUGGCAGCAGAAAGGUUCUGCGUACGUAAUUCAGGGGCUAAGGCAGUUGUGGAAGGUGUUGGUGAUCAUGGAUGUGAGUAUAUGACCGGUGGGACUGUUGUUGUGCUUGGAAAAACUGGCAGGAAUUUUGCUGCAGGUAUGAGUGGCGGUAUAGCUUAUGUUCUUGACAUGGAUGGAAAGUUCUGCUCUCGGUGCAAUCCUGAGCUCGUGGAUCUUGAUAAAGUUGAAGAAGAGGAGGAUAUCAUGACUCUUAGAAUGAUGGCUCAGCAACAUCAGCGUCAUACAAACAGCCAACUAGCCAAAGAAGUACUUGCUAACUUUGAGAUUCUUCUGCCUAAAUUCAUUAAAGUUAUCCCGAGGGAGUAUAAGCGGGUUCUUGCAAGCAUUAAAGCAGAGAAAGCCUCCUUGGAGGCUGUGGAAGAUGCUGCUAAAAAAGACGAGGAGAAAGUUGAGGCAGAACUAAAUGGAAAAGAUGCUUUUGAAGAGCUUAAGAAGUUAGCAGUUGCAUCUUUGAAUGGGAAAUCCAAUAAGAAUGUAGAAGAGGGUGAAUCAUUGAAGAGGCCUACAAAGGUUACUGAUGCCGUUAAACAUCGAGGUUUCAUUUAUUAUGAGCGUGAGGGUGUUCAAUACAGGGACCCGAAUGUACGGAUGAAUGACUGGAACGAAGUUAUGCAGGAAUCAAAUCCUGGCCCACUUUUAAAGACUCAGUCUGCACGUUGCAUGGAUUGCGGUACUCCUUUCUGCCAUCAGGAAAAUUCUGGAUGUCCUCUAGGAAACAAAAUACCUGAAUUCAACGAGUUAGUAUACCAAAACAGGUGGCGUGAAGCAUUAGAUCGGCUCCUUGAAACAAAUAACUUCCCAGAGUUCACUGGUCGCGUGUGUCCCGCACCUUGUGAAGGUUCGUGUGUCUUGGGAAUUAUCGAGAAUCCUGUAUCUAUCAAGAGCAUUGAGUGUGCCAUUAUAGACAAGGCAUUUGAGGAGGGAUGGAUGGUACCGAGGCCUCCUCUCAAGAGAACUGAGAAAAGAGUUGCGAUUGUUGGAAGUGGACCGGCUGGCUUGGCUGCUGCUGAUCAGCUAAACAGAAUGGGUCACUCUGUGACUGUGUAUGAACGUGCUGACCGAAUUGGAGGACUCAUGAUGUAUGGUGUUCCAAACAUGAAGGCUGACAAGGUGGAUAUAGUUGAACGUCGGGUGAAACUUAUGGACCAGGAGGGUGUCAAUUUUGUGGUUAAUGCUAAUGUUGGAACUGAUCCUUUGUACUCUCUUGAUCGGCUCCGAGAGGAGAAUGACGCAGUUGUUUUGGCUGUAGGAGCCACAAAACCAAGGGACCUUCCAGUACCAGGACGGGAGUUAUCAGGAGUCCAUUUUGCCAUGGAGUUUCUGCAUGCAAACACUAAAAGCUUGCUUGAUAGCAACCUCAAGGAUGGUAACUACAUUUCUGCUAAGGGCAAGAAAGUAGUCGUCAUUGGUGGAGGUGACACUGGCACAGAUUGUAUAGGGACAUCCAUCCGACAUGGCUGCAGUGGCAUUAUAAAUUUAGAGCUUCUCCCUGAACCACCACAAACUAGGGCCCCAGGCAACCCUUGGCCACAGUGGCCCCGAAUAUUCCGUGUUGAUUAUGGGCAUCAGGAAGCUGCUUCCAAGUUUGGAAAAGACCCGAGAUCUUUCGAGGUAUUGACCAAGCGGUUUUUGGGCGAUGAGAAUGGUGCUGUGAAAGGACUUGAAAUUGUACGCGUCCACUGGGAGAAGGAUGCUAGUGGAAAAUUUCAGUUCAAGGAAGUUGAAGGUUCUGAGGAGAUCAUUGAGGCUGACCUUGUCCUACUUGCCAUGGGAUUCCUUGGCCCAGAGUCGAUUGUAGUAGAGAAGAUGGGAUUGGAGCAGGACAAUCGAUCAAAUAUCAAGGCUGAGUAUGGCCGUUUCUCAACCAAUGUGGAUGGUGUCUUUGCAGCUGGCGAUUGCCGGCGGGGACAGUCCUUGGUGGUAUGGGCGAUCUCUGAAGGCCGGCAAGCUGCCGCACAGGUUGACAAAUAUCUCAUACAAGAGGAAAAAGACCUUGCUGUUAGCCCUUUGAUCCGAGAAGACCUUAUCAAAAGGCAUAAUGGCCUUCCCAAGAGGCACCAAGACAGCAGCAAACACCGAGUGUUGACAUAGGCGACCUUGAUUUUCCUCCCUAAACAGUAUUUUAGAGAAAAAGAUACAUAGAAAAAUUAUUUAUAUGUUGAUCUUUCUCACGGGCAACAAGUGAUGCUCAAUUCACAGGCAACAGGAGGAAGAAGUGGGUUCAUUGGGGGUUGGCAAGGUUUUGCAGAAAGCAAGAAGUAGCUUCAAUUGGGCUGCUGCUGGAUAUAGGUUUUCGAAUGUUGUGUUAAAUUUCUUCAUCAAUUGAUGUUUAUAGGUUCUACCUCGUGAUGCUUAAAAUGUUAGCUCAUGUAGUUGUUGUUAAGAAAUAAAUGUAUAGUUUUUUUCUUUCUUAAUCAUUGAUUAAGAAUUACAUGUUGGAAAUUCUUGAUACCGUAUGAAAUUGUGAGGUCUUGAGGUUGCUAAGCAUGCUUGAAUCUGUUAGUUCCGAACUGUUUUGAUUUGAAUUGAAUACUUUUGAGUUGGAUCU